UGUCCAUUGCAUAUACAUUUCAUCAGCACUGAAACUGUAGCAUAUCGAACCCAACUAUGGACUGCUACUACAAGCUCCCAGUUGAAAAACUAGCAAUGCGUCUGCUGCUGUUCAUAGGCCUCGUGAUCUCCCUACAGUUCAUGGCAGACGGCGCAUCAUUGCCGGACGAUAGGUGCCUAAAGAAGUGUGGUGAUGUUGACAUUCUAUACCCAUUUGGGAUUGGCGAAGGCUGUGCCAUUGAAGGCUUUGUGCUUAGCUGCAGCAAGACAGAGGAUGGACGUGGGGAUGUGGCAUUAUAUGGCACCACGCCGGUGCUGAAUAUAUCGCUGCGCUAUGGUCAGGUUCGGAUGAAAUCAACGUACAUAUCCUCGAUGUGCUACAACCUCUCAACCAAGAAUAUGGACUACAAGAACUGGCUCCUGAACCUCACAACCUCUCCGUUCACCAUCUCGCAGAAGGAGAACAUAUUCAUAGUCAUCGGUGCCAACACGGCCGCAAACAUGUUUGGUUACAGCCGCUACUCUACCAUGCUAAAUAUGAUCGGGUGCUUGUCUCAGUGCUCACCGUAUAAUAGCUUCACAGCUCAAGAUGGGUCGUGUGUCGGCAUCGGCUGCUGCCAGGCCGUACUCAGCAACAACAUUUCCUACCACGAAGUGCAAUUCAACCCCUUAUACAACACCACAACGUCUUACAACAACAGAAGCAUCACGGACAGGGCAAGCUACUGUGGCUACGCUGUGGUGAUGGAGGCUGCUGCAUUCAGGUUCCGAACAGCAUACCUGAACUCAACGGCCUUUUGGGACGAGCACAAUGGCAGUGUCCCGGUGGUCUUGAACUGGGUUGUGGGUAAUGAGACAUGUCAGGUUGCCAAGCAAAUGGGAGAUAGAUACGCAUGCCGUAGCAAAAACAGCAUGUGCAUCGAUUCAUCCAGUGGCCCUACAGGUUACCUCUGCAACUGCACUGAAGGCUACCGUGGCAAUCCGUACCUUCCCGAUGGAUGCCAAGAUAUUAAUGAAUGUGAUGUUAACAAUCCACCUCCAUGCCCUGGCCGUUGCAAGAACAUACCUGGCAGUUUUACUUGUUCAAGCCCCUCACAAUCCAGAACGGUGAUACUAGCUGUUAGCCUAAGUGUUGGAAUUGUUGCCAUGGCAAUGAUCGUCACCUGCUCAUACUUGGUCCGUGAACGGAAGAAACUGGCCAAUAUCAAGAAGAAGUAUUUCCAACAGCACGGUGGCAUGCUUCUGCUGCAGGAGAUAGGCUUAAAGCAAGGGCAGAGCACUGCCUUCACAAUCUUCACUGAAGCAGAACUCAUAGAAGCGACGAACAAGUUCGAGGACAAGAACGUCCUUGGCCGCGGUGGCCAUGGCACUGUCUACAGGGGCAUGCUCAAGGACAGCCGUCUGAUUGCCAUCAAACGAUGCAUGUCGAUGAUUGACGACAGGCAAAAGAAGGAGUUUGGCAAGGAGAUGCUCAUCCUGUCCCAGAUCAACCACAAGAACAUCGUCAAGCUCCUGGGCUGCUGCCUCGAAGUGGAGGUCCCAAUGCUAGUCUAUGAGUUUAUCCCCAAUGGGACCUUGUUUCACUUCAUUCAUGGCGGCAAUGACUGCCGCAACAUCCCCUUUUCUACUCGAGUGCGAAUUGCCCAUGAAUCAGCCCAAGCACUAGAUUACCUUCAUUCAUCAGCAUCGCCUCCAAUCAUUCACGGUGAUGUCAAGACCUCCAACAUACUACUGGACGAGAACUAUACCGCAAAGAUAUCGGACUUUGGAGCCUCAAUACUAGUGCCGACUGAUGAGGCCCAGUUUGUCACCUUGGUGCAAGGAACCUGUGGGUACCUAGAUCCCGAGUACAUGCAGACGUGCCAAUUGACAGAUAAGAGCGAUGUGUACAGCUUUGGCGUCGUUCUACUGGAGCUGCUCACCGGCAAAAUGGCCUUCAACCUUGAAGGUCCUGAAAAUGAGAAGAGCCUUUCAUUGAGCUUCUUGUGUGCCAUGAAGGAGGGAAGACUCAUGGACAUUAUAGAUCAUCACAUUCAGACUGAUGAGAAUGCUGGGGUGCUCGAGGAGGUUGCUGACCUCGCGAGCCAGUGCCUGGAGAUGAUCGGCGAUAACCGACCGUCGAUGAGAGAUGUCGCCGACAAGCUUGGCCGGCUGAGGAAGGUCAUGCAGCACCCAUGGGCGCAGCAUGACCCGGAGGAGAUGGAGAGCUUACUCGGGGAGUCGUCGGUGGCUGGUUUGGAGAUGGUUAGCACCGGGAAUUUCAGCAUGGAGGGUGGAGCUGUGCAAGGCAUUCUGGAGUCUGGGCGUUGAUCAUCAUAGUGAUCAUCUUGUGUAUACAUAAAGCUCUGCUAUUUGCAACCAUUGCUUCGGCAGGAAAGGUGGCUAAAAAUGUUUCGGGAUUUUUUUGUUCUUUUUGAGAACUUAUUUUACAAAUGCAUCCCUGAAAAAAGUUAUUCCAUUAA